AGCUGCGAAUGUGUAGUCAGUCGGCUUUUAUCGUUUUAUGUUGUGCAGAUUGUUAGUUCACCGUAAAUAUGUCUUGAUUUGUACUCAAGAGUGGAGCAAGGCCCCAAGGAACAGAGAUUGACGCAACGGGAGCGAAGAACAGAAGCGAUGGAUGGUUACGCUGGUUGACUCUCGGCAUGUUCAAAAUGGCGAAGUUCCGAAUUUGUCGCUGUGUGACGUGCGCGUGUGUGGUCGUGGUGUGCCGUCAUAGCGCGGGGAUAUUUGUGCUGAAUGUGUUUCACUUCGUCUACAAAACUCUGCACGCAAUGGCAUCGAAGAAGUCGUGUGUUCAGGUGCACGUAUGUGCAUGCUUGGAUACGGAAAGCCUGCCCUCAGCGGUAGCGCUAAGCUCAGCCGUGUUGGCUCAGCGCUACCCCCUCAACGGAUGUUCAACAGUCUACGUGCUCGUAACUUGCUCACGAGACCUCCUUGCUGUUGCAACUCUGAGGACAAUUGCUUCAAAUGGGAAGGAACAACCAGCACUGCCAGCGCUAUUUGUACAUGAGGACGACGAGAGGGUUCCACUCACCCCCUGUGUGGUGUAUUCUGGCCACAACCUGGAACAGGCAGAGUUUCUCCACCUCUGUGUCGACAAGGAGCGGCUGUUCAUGGUCAAAAAUGCGGAGGAAGGGGUCAUCGCAAUCAUGAGUGCAUUUUUUGUAUUGAACAUAGUAUAUGGGCCUAAAUACUUCAGCACCAGUGCAGUACUGGAACGAUUGUUUUUUGGUUUGAAUGUAAUAAUGCCAAGUGGUUGUUACAAAGUUUGUGAACAGAGUUGUGCAGGCAAUGCGACACCGAGGUUCAUGUACGUUACCAUACGAAUGCUAGCCUGACAAUUUUGUGCAAUAGCUUGAGCAAUAGUUUUGUGCAAUUUUUAAUGUAUCAUUUUCUUUCUUUUUGAUCACGAUAAUAGCAUGAUCCAGUAACUUCUUCCGCUGCUUGUGCCAACCACCUAUAGACUGCACCUUUUUUUGUUCUGAUGACUUGACAGACAAUGUAAUAGUGCCCAAGUGUAGGUCAGCAAAAAACAAACGUGGUGUACUGUAGUCUGCACGUACUUAUCGAAAACGUUGCUGGGUGUUGCUAUGUGCUGAAAAGAAGAUUACAAUACGUCUAGUUCUAAUGAGGUCUGCCUUAACAUUAAUGUGUGUGAAACAAUUGUCAGCAGUUUUAUACAAAGAUUAUAGCUUGCUUGCUCUUCCUUAACAUAGUUUGUUUAUGAAACCUAUUUGCCAGCCAGGGAACAAUGUCCCAGCUUAUAAGUACUGCAUGAUACAACUGUUAACGUUUGUAUUCCCUUAUAGGGCACAUCAACACUGGCAGCCAGUGCUCAACUUUUCGUAACAUGCUGCUUGGUCAAUAUUUUAUAUUUUGCGCAUGUGUUGCAAUACAAGUGAAAGUUUUUGUGGUUUGACUGUCCUUUUAUGAACUAUGUUUUAUGUUUAUUAUGUAUAACUUAGCAGCUGAGGCCUGACAUACUAGUCAAAACGCAACAGAGUAUCCAAUUUUUAUAAGGUUUUACAAGGUUUUUACAAGUUUUGGAUUGUAAAACAAUGUUGCGUGGAACAAUUAUCAGGCUGAAGUACUGUUACAUUGUCAUGAAUACCGGCAGCCUUUGCUUAACCUUUAUGAAUCUGCUGGCAGGCUGUAGUAUCUUUAGCUCGUUUAUUUUUUGUACAUGUGUUGCCAAUGCCUCAUCCGAGUGAAAGCUAGUCGCUUAUAUACUACAUAUACUGGUGUUUCUACAAAGAAUUUACGUAAUAUUUAAAAAUAGCCGUUCUGAAGUACAAGGACGGCUCGUUAGAAGACAGCAAUGCUGUCAGUGGUGCCGACCAUGGGUGGAUGGCUGAUAUCUGGUAAUUAGUUGCUAAUUAACAAUCUAAUAUAUCUUACUUUUAGUUUCAGCAGACUCAUUGUAACCAGGAAAUUAA